UUCUGCUGAUGCAAUUCCUACCAAGAGUGAACCGAAAUGAUGCAAAGAGUUUACACACAUUUGCUACGGCAUUCAAGAACACAAAGAUGUCCAUGUCGAUCAGUCACUUCUCAGGUACCUAGGACAGCGCCAUUGAAGAAGCCUUUCUGGAAAGAUGCCAACAAUUAUUUAUUGAUAUGUCCAAUAACAUGUGUAGGUUUAGCAAUCUGGCAAGUGAAAAGAAAAGAAUGGAAAGAAAAUUUGAUAGACACUAUCAAAGAACGAUAUGAAAUGGAUCCAAUACAGUUACCCAAAGAUUUGUCAACAGUAAAAGAUUUUGAUUUGUACCCAGUGAAAGUAAGAGGACAUUUUGAUUAUGCAAAUGAAGUAUAUAUAGGUCCACGUUCGGAUACCCCCGAAAGAAGACACCAAACACUAGGGGGUAAAGUCUCAGGGGUUUAUGUGAUCACACCUUUCAAACUUGCAGACAGGGAUGAAAGCAUAUUAGUUAACAGAGGAUGGAUCGAAAAUGAUUAUUUUGCCCUCGAGGAGAAUAGGAAAAAGGCACAG